ACAUGGCUUCAGUUCGGGACAGAGUUGCAGCAUUUAAUGCAGGGGGAGCGCUAUACAGUCCCAUGAACCGACCCCUUGAUCACAAAUUGAUCAACAAGCCCCCAGCAAUAAGCAAUGAUGAUAUCCACAACAAAGACAUCUGCAGCCACAUCAUCACCGUUCUACAGGCCCAAGUGAAGAUCAAAAAACGCAGAAAACAUCUGAAAUAUCAUGAUAACUGCUUCCUGGGCUCAGAUGCCGUCGACGUCAUCCAGGCUUUUCUUAUCCAGAAUAAAGUUCUUGGGGAUGCUGAGGUCUGCAGAGCCAAGGUGGCUCGUUUUUGCCAGGUACUGCUGGAUUAUAAAGUGUUUGAGGCAGUAGGAACCAAAUCUCUGGGGAAGGCCGGUAAACCAGGAGGCUUCCAAGACAGCAGCACCAGUCUAUACAGGUUUCUCAACACGGAACGUCCUUCAGUGGAAGGGUUUGAAUCUGUUCUUUUGUCUCCCAGUGUGGAGAACUCAUUGAACGUCACUCCGUGCAGGCAGGACGUCCUAUUAUUCUCUCAUAGCACACCUGUUAAACCGGGUCAUGCGCUGGAUCUACUCAUGGAGAAGCUGGACUUGACUGGACUUGUUAGUUCUCCUCCCAUUGAAAGUCUACCACCAUCUGUGGUCCGAGAAGUGUGGCAUGAGCAGACAGUAAGGCGGUUGUCACAGUUGAUAGAUCUCCCCCUGCUGGAGGGAGUGCUGAACUGCGACAUUCCUUCUCCCCCAUCCCGAGGCCGUAAUAAUGAGCCCGACCUGCUCUACACCAGUAACUACCUCGACAGAGAAGUUCUCAAGGCCUUCCGAGACUCACAAUCUGACGUUUGGUUGUCAGCAGCUGUAGACCUCCUAGACUUUCUGCCUGACCAGCUUGUGGUGGAGGUGAGCAGAGAGCUUCCCAGUUACUACUGUGAAGAUGAGGACGCCGACGAAGGCCAGAGCAGACCCUCGGGCAUCGACGAGUGUAAAUUACUGCUGUUUCACAUACUGGACAAACAUUAUGGACACAUGGACUUUAAGCCCCUCCUCUGUGACACCAUGGUGGACGUUUAUAUUGCGAUCAUGGAACUCCUGGCAAAUGGGAAGUUUGAACGUGCUCUGGAAGUUUUGCAGCUGACACUAAAGCUGCUGUCUGCGUCUGCGCGCGAGGAACUGCGCAGAUUGCUGGAGUUCAUGGCUGUAGCGGCGGAUGCUGCAGAGAUUCAGCUUCACACAGUGAUUGAGAACCGGGUGAUUGUGAAGAAAACCUUCACUACAGGCAUCAUCCAGAGCAGGAGUCUGCCGAAAGGAAAGCUAGACCUUCUGCUGCUUUUCAUGCUCGACAACCACCAAGAGAUCUUCAAGAUUCCAGGUUCGCUUCACAAGCUGGUUAGUGAGAAGCUGGAUGACAUUGUGAAACAUAGAGAUUCCUCCACUACUGACAGUCCAUUUUGCCAGCAAGUGCCCAGAGAAGCUUAUGCUGACACCGUGAAACACUCGACCAACAGUGAAUUGUUCUCUCUGCUAAAGAUGAUCGACGAAAACACCAAAUAUUCACAGAGAGAAAAGAAACGACUCCUGGCACAGUUUUAUAAGGGACAUCCGGAAAUCUUUAUGCAGUAUUUUGGAUCUCGGCUAGGCACUUUAAACCUUAUUGAAGUUUAAGUAUUGCUGUUUGGCGUAAAUGUUUUUUGUAAAUAUGCUGUGUGUUUUAAAAUCUAAAUAAACAUAUAUACAUGUUAUAAAA